CCUAUAUAUACCCAAACACCCCCUCCCACACUAGCCCUCUUUAACCAAACCCUCAUAACCUGGUUUUGCUCCUCUCCUCUCAAGUAGGACCCGAAAUCUAUACUCCUAAACCCUAGAUCUCAGAUCUCUGCUCCUAUCAAAGAUGGUGUCAGACGCGAGCAAGAAGAAGGCGGCGCAGAAGAAGGCGGCGGCGGCUGCCAAGAGAGGGGGAAAAGCAGCGGCGGCGGCCGCAUCUUCCAAGGCGGCGGAGGCGCAGAAUGGUGUUGAUAAAGUUGCUAAUGGGAUUGGAGCUAUUCAAAUUUCCGAUCGAACAUGUACUGGAGUUCUUUGCUCGCAUCCUCUCUCCAGAGAUAUUCGUAUUGAGUCCUUAUCAGUCACUUUUCAUGGACACGAUCUCAUAGUUGAUUCUGAGCUGGAGCUUAACUAUGGAAGACGUUAUGGUUUGCUUGGCUUAAAUGGGUGUGGGAAAUCUACACUAUUGACUGCAAUAGGGUGCCGUGAGCUCCCAAUUCCAGACCACAUGGAUAUUUAUCACCUCAGUAGGGAGAUUGAAGCUUCUGACAUGUCUGCUCUGGAAGCUGUCAUUUGCUGUGAUGAGGAAAGGUUGCAAUUAGAGAAAGAAGCUGAAGCCUUGGCAGCACAGGAUGAUGGAGGUGGAGAGCAACUUGAGCGUAUUUAUGAGCGUUUAGAAGCCUUGGAUGUAGCAACUGCAGAGAAACGUGCUGCUGAAAUCUUGUAUGGUCUUGGUUUCAACAAGAUGAUGCAGGCAAAGAAAACUCGAGAUUUCUCUGGUGGUUGGAGAAUGAGAAUUGCAUUGGCACGGGCUCUAUUCAUGAACCCAACAAUCCUGUUGCUUGAUGAACCCACCAAUCAUCUAGGUAAGUACUUAUGCUGACAGUUCUGCUCAAGG